CAGGGCGAAUUUUCAUCGAGUACAUAUCUCUCUCUCUCUCUGUCUGAUGAAAAGUUAUGGGUGUCAAGGUAUAUUGCCUUCCACUCACUCCCGAUUGGCCCAGACAGCAGUUUUGGUUUCGUCUUAAGACUUGGACACACCUGCGCCUGUGGUGUAAGGGUUAGACUCCUCGCCGUCACGCGCGGGAGGCCCGAGUUCGAUUCUCGCGUGUUGAGAAUUUUAAAAUUGAGAACUCGGUCUUUCUACAGCGACCUUGUGUUCCUCUCAGCCCGGGUUGACCCUGACAGGCAGGGUUGAACCCUGCCUCCUAACUGAUCUAAAUUGUGUCGAUGGGGACAAAAACACUGACAAAUCAAUAGAACUGAAAGAUGUUGAGAAGUCGUACCAUUGAUCAACCCCGUGGUUAGAGAAAUGUUCUGGUUGGUCUUACUUUUUCCACUUUCCUGCAGUUUUUUUUCUCUUUUUAUCAAACGAGCUUUUCCCCAGUUCUAUUCAACUGUUUGUCUUUGUCCGGAGACGAUGUGCUUCUCUUUACUCCAUCUAACGAAGAACUAGACUAAAACAACUACCGAAAGCAACACUAUAAGCAUAGUCAGUCGAACCUGCUUGAGCAGUCACCUUUACAAACGACAACUUCCCGCUGUCCCCCUUUAAAAAAUUAAGACGCUGUCAAGAUGUUCAUAUGUCAGAGACAAUUACUUUUCUCGUCAAGAAUGAGAGAGACCAUCUUGGACGAUUUUCACGGUGUUUGGGCAUAUUAUUCAAGCACAGACCAUCCCGGCUCAGCACAUCCUAGAGUCCUACAAUGAACGGCAUCUGACGUUUCACUAUCCCCAACUACCCAUAAUAAAACAACGUCUUGCGAAAGCCCCACAACCAUUGUGGGAAAAAGAAACCGGCGCCGCCAUUUCGGCGGUCCUCGGGGGCGGUCGGAGUCGUCCGUUGUGUCGCGAGCGCUCGGUGAGAGAAAAUAUCGCAUUAAUCUUUUUUCCUUCUUGGAGCGUCGGAGAGGUUUCGGUUUUACUGUGCCAGAUGUAGGGGGAUAUAUAGCACAACGGAUCGUCGUUCCCGCUCGCUUGCCUGAUUCCGCGAGCGACGUCGUUUUCUCGCGGCUUGGAUUAACUAACAGAACCGUUCUCUAAGUUUGGUUCGUCCACACAGCGGUGUUUCUGUCCAUGGACUCGAAGUAAAUAAGUUACCCUGAAAAACUUCAGUACACAGAUCUGGCACAUGAAGAAGAAGAAGAAGAUACCUCGUCAACUGAUGUUUGUGUGAUCUCGGGCACAAGAUCCUAGACUGCUACUGUGCCUAGAAGAAGUUAUUCCUACACAGGCCUGUACAGCACCAUCAUCGUGAGCCCCCACACAGUGUUGUUUUAAAAUCACUGUCUGCAUAACACCACUAAAACCGUCCAUAUUUCUUACAACAGACGCAGGACAUACGUUUGGAAACUACAAAACUAUUAUCCACUUCAAAGGAAACUGUGGGUAUUCCAAAGCAGCAGCAUACUUCCUGUUGUUUUUGGAGAAUCAGGAAGUCUGCCAAACAGCUUGAUUCCGAAAAUUGUUGUAGUUGAAAAUCGGCGGCAUUUAUGCUAAGAAAUAUCCCCAACUCAAAUUCCUAAAGAAUUGUGUAAUACGUGAAUUACUCACAGGGCGUGAAAAGAUCUCGAAAAGUCUGGAAAGAGUGAUUCGAUUUUGUGAAAAUUCGGAAAUUUGAGGAUGAAUACUGUGUUUAUUUCUGUGGUGCAUUCGCGACCGUGGGAGUAAUGCCAAGUCACGUGGGUGUCAUGUGAUCGGAUCUAUUUAUAGUCAACCAGUGAGAAAAUGAGGCCUCCAAAUUUAUGCACGGUGCUUCGUGUGCUGCUUGUGCUGCUACUGUGUGCGGAGCGAUGCGUGGCGGUCAAAUGGCUCGCCCUGUACAGAAUCAAACAGCGGCCCUGGGAGACGACGCGGAACUGUACCCGCAGCUCAGGCCUGGCCGCCCGACAGAUGAAGCUGUGCCGGGACAACCUGGACCUCAUGUCCACAGUGGUCCACUCAGCCAUGGUCUCCAUGGAGACGUGUCAACAACAGUUCGCUGACCGCCGCUGGAACUGCAGCUCCAUCCUCCGGGUGCCCAGUCUACCCAUGGACCUUGUGCGGGGCACCCGAGAACAAGCCUACGUGUAUGGCAUCUCCUCCUCUGCCCUCGUCCAUUCCAUCUCCCGUGCCUGCAGUAUCGGUGUGACCACCAAAUGCAGCUGUGGCGUCCUGCCCAACACGACGCCUACGGGAAACUUCAAGUGGGGCGGCUGUGGCGACGACCUUCACUUCGGCCUCCUGUUCGGAGAGGCGUUCACGGACGCCACGCUGAGGAACAAGAAGGGCAAGGUCAAGACGUCCAAGAAAGCCAUGAUGAAUAGACAUAACUUCCGCGUGGGGAGGAAGGUGGUGGCCGACAGCCUUACACAAGCCUGCAAAUGUCACGGGGUUUCCGGAUCCUGUUCCAUCAAGACAUGCUGGAGAGCUCUGCCCAGUUUCGACUCUAUAGGAGCCCUGUUGAAAGACAGAUACGCCCUGGCAGUGGAGGUGAGAAGGAAGAGACGGAAGAAGAUGAAAGUCCUGAUUCCGAUACAUAAAGGCCGCGCCUCAUUCAGAGAUGAUGAGCUGGUUUAUUACGAGAAGAGCCCUGACUAUUGCAGUCCAGACUCCAAGACUGGCUCUGUGGGCACUAGGGGAAGAUUAUGUGAAUCCUCGGGCUGGGGCCCUGGCAACUGCGACUCAAUGUGCUGUGGUCGAGGCUACAACAACUUCACUAUGGAGGUCACGGAGCGUUGUGAGUGCAAGUACAUUUGGUGCUGCUACGUCAAGUGCAAAGUCUGCACCAAACUGCUCAAACUGAGCCAGUGUAGAUAGAUGGACACGCCUGGGCACGACACUGCAUCACUGCGUCCUGAAAGACACGACUUCCUUUUCAAAGAAGGUCACUUCCGCUUUCGUCGUGAAAAUACGAUUCGCCAAUUGUGAUGACAUCAGCGGUUUCAGAGGGAGUAAUGAUUUUUAAGGCGAGGCGGAUUUUCGAGACUUUCUCAUAGCAAGAAACGUGAAUCGCUUUUUGGUGUCUUACUCAAUAGCUCCGAGAGUGCAGAAGUAUGCAGCCGUCAUGAAGCAGAUUGCUUCGAAAGUUGGAGUCUGGGCCGAAAGAUAGCCCAUAAAGGAAAUACAACGGAGUACACAAAACUUGUUUUGGAGUGAGAUCGUGGGCAUGAACACUGCUUUUAUAUCUUCCAUAAUAAGCAACCUGACUUCUGUAACACGUUAUAUUAUGAAAGAUGAGCUGGUAGUUUUUAAAAAAACCUUUGUGGGAGAAAGGGGGAGGGGGAACACUGUAGUAUUCAGCCAGAAACAGCAGGCUGUGCAUAAGGGAGCUCGAUUCUCAUUAGAGCCGUACCAAUUCGAGAUUGGAAUGCCAUGUAAUUUUUACUAGUAAUGAAUUAAUCAACAUAACGUAACAUUAGAGCAUGCUGUAUCUAAAAACAAGGAGAUAAAUAUAGCAAAACUUGGUGUAUGAAAUUUCUAUACUUUAAUUGAUUAUUACGAGACAUAGUGCAAAGUAGAAGGAGAAAGAGUAUAGAAUAUUUGAAUACUGAAAGUUGCUUAUGGACAUAAUAUAUAAAGCAAAACACAAUUUGCACAUGAUUUUCAAUAGUGACUUACACUUCGAAGCAUCGAUGAAGUUUUGUUUUUUCAAAAUCUCCCGGCACUAAUUCGUAUGUCUUCUUCAGACCAACCUGAACACCAUCAAAAAGUCUACAUAACCAUCUUUGAGACAAAUCAAAAACCUUGUGAGAUCAAAUGGAAGUACAAGUUAACAUACUAUGUAUUGUACCUUUAAUUUUUUAAAUUGUGUCCAUUUAGGCAACGUCGUAGAUUCUAAAUAUUUUGAGACGUGAACAAAAA